AUGGCGGAAGAUCAGGAACUUGUCCAGUUAGAGGUGUUAUGUAAGCAGCUAUAUACUACUGCCAAUCCGAGUGAGCGCAAUGAAGCAGAGAAAGCGUUGGUAAACUUUACCAAUUCACCGGAUUGUCUCAGUAAAUGCCAGCUCCUUUUAGAUCGAGGAAAUCUGUUUGUACAUUUCAUUGGUCUAUUCAGUUCACCAUUCAAAAUGAAUAACCAAGAGCUUUUGUAUAUCAAGUGCUUUCAUUUUGUCUUUUGCACUAUAAUUCAAUUACCAAGAGAAAUAAUGUCAAUGGAAAGAAAUUACAUUUUAAGUUAUCUUGCCAGCAGACCUAAAUUACCGACAUAUGUUACGCAAGCAUUAAUACAGCUCUUUUCACGCACUACCAAAUUAGGAUGGUUCGACUCACAGAAGGAUAACUGGGUCUUCCGAAAUGUUGUAGAUGAUGUGACACAGUUUUUACAGGGCUCUGUGGAGCACUGUAUGAUUGGAGUACAGAUACUUUCACAACUCACGGCAGAGAUGAACCAAGCUGAUUCAACAAGACCACUGACCAAACAUAGGAAAGUAGCUUCUUCCUUCCGAGAUUCUUCUUUAUUUGAAAUUUUCACUUUAUCCUGUAGUUUACUGAGGCAGGCACAAAAUAAGAAUUUAGACUUUGGAGACGAAAGCCAGCAUGGAUUGAUGACGCAACUAUUGAGACUGGCCUAUAAUUGUCUAACGUUUGAUUUCAUUGGUACGUCAACGGACGAGUCAUCAGAUGAUAUCAUUACAGUACAAAUACCCACUGCCUGGAGAUCAGCUUUUUUAGACUUCACCAAUGUGCAGUUGUUCUUUGAUUUAUAUCACACUCUUCCACACACGCUUUCACCUUUGGCCAUAUCGUGUAUAGUGCAAAUAGCUUCUGUGAGGCGGUCUUUGUUUAAUAAUGCAGAAAGGGGUACAUUUCUUACGCAUCUUGUAAAUGGAGUCAAAAGAAUAUUAGCAAACCCACAGGGUUUGACAGAUGCCAAUAAUUAUCAUGAAUUUUGUCGUCUUCUUGCGAGGUUGAAAUCCAACUAUCAACUUGGAGAACUCGUAAAGGUUGACAACUAUCCAGAGGUCAUCUCGCUCAUUGCAAAAUUCACUGUCAGUAGUUUGCAGCAAAUGUGGCGUUUUGCACCCAACAGUGUACAUUAUCUUCUUACACUGUGGCAGCGUAUGGUAGCGUCAGUUCCGUAUGUCAAAGCAUCAGAACCACAUUUACUUGAAACAUAUACACCAGAAGUCACAAAAGCAUAUAUUACAUCAAGAUUGGAGUCAGUGACUGUGGUGUUGCGCGACGGCGUUGAUGAUCCACUUGAUGACCAAGCCAUGAUACAGCAACAGUUGGAUCAGCUAUCCACCAUUGGAAGAUGUGAAUAUGAGAAAACAUGUGCACUAUUAAUACAGCUAUUCGACCAAUCAGCACAAGCCUAUCAGAAACUUGUGCAAACAACACCAAAUAAUGCUGCAGAACUAGCAGUGCAAGAAGGUCGCUUAACCUGGUUAGUUUAUAUAAUUGGUGCUGUAAUUGGUGGUCGGGUUUCAUUCACUAGUGCAGAUGAACAUGAUGCCUUAGAUGGGGAGUUGGUUUGCAGGGUGCUUCAGUUGAUGAAUCUGACCGAUUCACGUCUUUCACAAGGAGGAAGUGAGAAAUUAGACUUAGCAAUGCUCAGCUUUUUUGAGCAGUUCAGAAAAAUUUACGUUGGGGAUCAAGUGCAGAAGACAUCAAAGGUUUACAGAAGACUGGCCCAAGUUCUUGGUCUGAAUGAUGAAUCCAUGAUUUUAAAUGUCUUUAUUAGCAAAAUAAUUACAAAUUUGAAAUACUGGGGACGGAGUGAAACUAUGAUUGCAAAAACAUUACAGUUGCUCAGUGAUUUAUCAGUUGGUUACAGCAGUGUACGGAAAUUAGUGAAACUGGAAGCAGUGCAGUUUAUGUUAAAUAACCACACGAGUGAACACUUUUCAUUUCUUGGUAUCAACGGUACAACGCUUAAUGACAUGCGAUGCCGAACCACCUUUUACACAGCAUUAGGACGAUUAUUAAUGGUUGAUCUUGGUGAAGAUGAAGAACGGUUUGGAAACUUCAUAGCCCCAUUAACUAAUGCAUUUGAAUUUGUUGGAACACAACUUGCCAAUGCAGAAAGUCCUGGUAUUUUCCAAGAAGAGCAAGCCAAGGUAAGUUCCUUGUAAUAUGACUUACCUGUACGCAAGCCAAAGUAAGUUCUCAAUAAUAUGACUUACCUACAGUUAUAUUCCUUGAUUUAUUGAUUGAUUGUUAGCUAUCCUACGUACACACCAAUACUAUUACUUGCAUUAGAGUUGUGGUACCAUGACCCAUGUGUGACAACACCAGUGCUAAAACUUAUGGCAGAGCUUGUGCAGAAUCGAACACAACGACUACAGUUUGACGUGUCAUCACCGAAUGGUAUUCUCUUAUUCAGGGAAACCAGCAAAAUGAUCGUUAGUUAUGGCACACGAAUUUUAGCAAUAGGUGAUAUACCGAAAGAUAGAAUUUAUCCAAUGAAAUAUCCUUUAUUUGUGUGUUUUGAGAAUCUUAUGGAUGGAAUAGAAAGAAAUUUAUUAACAAAGAAUAGGGAUAGAUUCACACAAAAUUUAUCAGUAUUUCGGCGCGACGUAAAUGACUCCUUGAAAGCUCCAAGCAAUUCUUUAUCAAUGACAUCAUCAAGCGACAUGAUGAGUUAAUAGUUUACAGACAGUACUAUAUUAAACUACCCGAUAACUACAGUGGAAUAGCUCAAGCUGAAUGUAUGGGUUGAACCAUUCUCAAAACAGAGGGUGUGAACUGUUUUCACCCUCGAACUACCUACAAAGAAUGAGGAAUGCCAGGUUCAACUUUUGUCUCAAUUGCUUCCGACUUAUCUGCAAGUUUCAAACUAUCAAGGUUACCAAGAAAGCAAAACUCAGUACAUGUGCUUGAUGCAAGAAAAACAUGUGACAAGC